AGGUUCCGUGCGGUGACGCAGACGGGGCGUGGGGAAUCACGUGUCUACCCGCCCGCGAGCUGGGAGUGGAGCUCCAAGGGUGGCGGUUGUAAACAGAACAGAGGCGCGAGCGCGCGGGGAGACAGCGCUCUCCCACCCGGUGCAGCAACGUUAACGUUGUCCCGCUCGCCCGGUGCAGCAGCAGCAACGCGCGGGGUGGAUAACGUUGUCUCGCUCACCCGGUGCAGCAGCAGCAACAGCAACGCGCGGGGUGAUAACGUUGUCUCGCUCACCCGGUGCAGCAGCAGCAGCAACAGCGCGGGCGGGGAGACACACAUUCUGUCCACGGUCAGCUGCAGUAGUGCUGGAUAUGGACAUCCACCGCUGCUGAAGUGGAGGUGCGCGCCGCUCGGGAGCUGAUCCAGCCGAUCGUCUCCCCGGGCACACAGACCCAGGUGUGAGUGCAAGUGAACAGGCGCCGGAGUGAAACGAUUGUGCACUUUGCUGAGACCUGAGAUGGUUACCAUGAGAUGAAUGAGUAUAAACAACAAUCAACAGACCUGGAAAUGGCAACGUGGAAUGGAGGAAUUGUGCAGAGAAUUCCCAAUCUGGAAAACAGCAAAGGUUUCCAAGAGAGAGUUAGAAGUGAAAGACAGAUAUUGAAAGAAACCCUGGCUUCACAGUUAAACAAGGACCUUCUCAGGCUUCUUGUAGAAGGAACUCAAGCAGAUGUCACAUUCCAUGUGGGUGCAGCUGUCUUCAAGGCCCAUAGAGCUGUGCUGCUUGCAAGGGUUCCAGAGUUUUUUUCGAGAGUUUCUGAAAAGCACUUGAAAGAAGAGGCUGAGAACUGUCCAUCAAUCGUCCCUGUUGAGAGUUUCAGGCCUUCACAGUUUAAAUACUUCUUGCAACAGAUUUAUACAGCAGACGGGAAAGUGAAUCAAUUGGAAGAGGAGCUACUGCUGAGCAAUGAUCAGAAUGGGAUGAGAUUGACAGAAGGCCACAAUCUAUCCUUAAGUGACUUUGAGAAAGUGAAGAUGUGCAAUGGGAAAGCUAUUGAGGGUGGAAAAGUCCCAGCUGCUCCCAACGAUAGUGCCGCGGGUGAAAUUGAGAUGUUGACCUCUAGUCUGUUGGAAGACGAUAUGCCUGAAGGAAUGUUUGAUGUGCCUGAAGAAAUGGAAGAAAAGGAUCAGGUCCCAUUUGUAGAUGAUCCCACACCAGAGCCAGCCUCCACUUUAGGUGCGGACCUUUUGUCCCUCUACCAGGAAGGUUGUUGUUCCGAUAUAACUCUUCAUGUUGAGAACAAAGUUUUUCAAGUGCACAGGGCCAUCCUGUGUGCACGCUCCAGUUACUUUGCAGCUAUGCUAAGUGGCAAUUGGGUUGAAAGUUCUCAGAAGUCGAUCACUCUUACAGGUGUGAACCAUGUGGAGAUGGGCGUCAUGAUGAACUUUAUAUAUGGGGCCAUUUUAGACUUGCCAAGAGGAAUUUUCCCGUGUUCCAUCCUUUUGUUAGCAGAUAUGUACAACUUGGAUGGGCUGAAAGCAGUCGUCUUGCAUGUUCUGAAGAAGGAUUAUUGCAAGUUUUUUCACAAGCCUGUUAUUGGCAUGCAGCAGUCGAUAGUGGAAUGUUUGCAAAUAUCUCACUCUGUUGGAAUUGAUGCUCUGUACAACUCUUGCAUGAGAUGGAUUACCAAAUAUUUUGUGAAAUGUUGGUCUGGAAAAGAAUUUUCUUGCCUUCCAGUAGAGCUACAGAAAGCUUGUUAUGUCGCAGUGGUCCAUUCGUUAAAUGCGGAGAAUAUAGUUUCGGUGUUGCUGGAAAGUGACCGUCUGCUGUGGAGCCUCCCUGAAGUGAAAUGGGCAGAGCAAGCUGUUUCCUUGACAAAAAAUAUACAAGAUGAAUGCAUCAAGUUCAUUGUGCCAAACUUCCUUUCGGUGAUUAAAAAUAAAAGCUUCCUCCUUCUGGUGAAGGCACAAAGAAUGACCAGAACACCAUACUUGGUUGAAAGAAUUUUUGCAGCUAUUGAACAAAAUAUUACAGUAUCAGAAGCUUGCUUGCUCUUUAUGGCUGUGGACUUGCUGAAGAGCCAAAUGGCUUAUGAAGAGCUGGGUUUUGCAAUUGAGAUCCAGGCCCUCUUUGACAAGCUCUGGACGUUUCUGGUUCAGUCUUUCUACGCUGUCCGUCACACAGAAGGCUGGAAACUGAUGAAACCUCACAACAAGGAGCGAAUAGAAGCAGCUGCUCUGGACAAAGGUGACAAUAGAAAACUUGCCAAAAAACCAACCUUGACCAGUUUCCAGCAUAAAGAAAAUCCGACGCUCAAUUCGGACGCACUUGACACGGAAGGGCAAGCCUGCAGAAAGGGGAAGCUGCGGUCAAGUACAAAUCUAUACAAAAGUUGUGUGGCUAGUGCUUCAAAAAUGAAAUCUGAAGGAUUGGGGGCAUCGGUUCCAAAAUCAAAUGGGCGAAUGCAUGCAAACGUUUCAAGAAAGGAGGAAACAAAGGACAAGAUUGUUAAAAAGCCAAGUGAAAAAAUGCCAAAAGGUGGGAAAGGCAAUGAGAAAAGCACUUCAACGAAGGCUAACAUCUCUGCAAAAACCAGAUCAGAGGCCAGGAUAAAAAGCGAGGGAGUGGCUAUUAAAGUAAAAGGACAUUCUGCCAGUUUGUCAUGUCCAGGGGUCUCUACAAUGGCCAGCAAAGAGACUGGUGGUCACGAUGGAAAAUCAACUACAGGAGCCCGGCCUAAAGUUCCUUCUAAUUUGUCUGGUGUCCAACCCAAGUCAGGAAAACCACUCAAGAAAACCACUCAGCCACAGCCAGAGAAAAAUGGGAAUAGGUGCAAUUCUGACAAGCUGGAACUUUCAAACAAAAGCCUCACUGUAGACACAGGUGGGCACACCAGUGAAUUGGAGGGCAGAGCAACAAAUGAAAUGAACAAUUGUGGCAAAAAGCUGGCAUCUUUCAGCAAUCCUAUUGAAAGUAUUGUCCAAGAGUUUGCAAAGACCCCUUUAAGCCAGAAGGUUUAUUCUGCAGUUAACAGGCCAGCAACUGUCGUCAAAGCAACAAAGACACCACCUGCUUCAAUGAAAACCACCAGACCCAUUUCUAGUAGUAUGUCCAACAAACAGAAGGCACAAAGUAGAGAUGAAGCAAUGUCACCAGCUCAAGUGAAGAGAGCUUGGAAUAGUAGCAGUGACCUAUCUGCUCAGCAAAAAGCAAGGGCAACAUCAGGAGCAACAAUCAAGGCAAAAGAUCCGAAGCUGGGAAAAGUGAGCCUUGCUUCAGAAACAGAUGCUUUAAAGCUGGCGAGCAAAGUUACAAACAAUGAAAAAAUAACUGCCCCCAAUGAAAUGUUUACAAAAUCGAAUAAAUCUAAAGCUGUAAGAACAGCUACUCCCACAGCAUUAAGGACAAGUAUAAAGAGAACAGUGCAAACUGGCACCUCAAGCCCCAGAACACCCAUUAAUUUAAAUAACAAGGUUGCACUGAAAGAGAGAAGUGUAUCGUUGCCCAAUGUAAGAAAACCGUCAACUAAGUCGCUCACAGCCACAAACAAAACUGGUACAGGAUUGAAAAGGUCCACCUCUAGUUGUCAUGAUAAAGUUGCUCCGAAUACUCAUCGCCAAAAUGUGAGAAGUGUGGCACGAUCAAAAAAUGGAACUGUUCAUGCUGAACAAGAUCAAAUGGGAGCAAACGCUCUGUUGGAACCUCGCCCAGGUACAGAGAUAUCAUCAGAGGAUUGUAAGUUGGCAGAAGGAGAGCAGAAUUUGGAAGGUGUUCAACAAAUCUUGACCUCAGAAAAUCAAUCUAAACUUCAUCAAAAGGAGCAAAUUGGGAAUAAAGUGGCUGCUAAUGAAGUUGAAACAACUCUGAAACACUCUGAAGAUGAUGGCCAAUCCUGCGUGAAGCCAAAUCAAAGGGUUGCCCAACAUCAUUCUUCAGUAUUUACAAAUACUGAAUUCUCACGUGAUCCUGAAACCAAACUGAAAAUCCUUGAGGAAUGUGAAAACUCAAAAGACCGUCUCAAAAGUGGAAGUUCUCAAGCUGCAAACUGUGGUGUUGUCACAACACCUGCUGAUGCGAUUAGAGAAGGUUCGGAACGUAACUUGAACCCUGGUGACAUGCAAGUUCUGCCUGACUUGCCUAAAGAAAUACAUAUACCAAGUGGCAUGGAAAAUCAAGAGGAUGAUUUUGAAACAUUGGUGGAGUCUUGGAACUUGGGGACAGAGGUCUAUCCAUCUUCAGACACUUCUUUCCCAAAACAAAGUCCGGACACGGACACUGGAAGUGCAACAACGUCAUCUGAUGAUAUUAAACCUAACUCUGAGGAUUAUGAUGCUGGAGGUUCCCAAGAUGAUGAUGGAUCAAAUGAGAGAGGCAUUUCCAAAUGCAGUACUGUUGUUUGUCAUGACUUUCUUGGAAGAAGUAGCAGUGACACCAGUACACCGGAAGAACUUAAGGAAUAUGACAGCGGAUUGAAAGUAGAAGUGAAAAUGAAAGGAGUGGAGGAGCCUCAUGGUCAGACUGGAGCACGAGAGUCCGUAAGCGAUCAUGGUUUCAAAAACUCUCAUCAAGGAAAUAAGACAAAUGAAAAAAGUGGUGAGGAAUGCGUUGUGCCCGUUGGUGGCAAAUUAGAUGCUGCCUUGGAAAUCUUGUCCUUGUGUGACGUUACUGAGGAAGACAAGUCUGAAGUCGAGAAUGCAGUGAAAACGCUCCCAACUGUUUCUGCUCCUCCCCCUCCUGAGCAGAACACUUACCACUUCCAGGGUAUUGAUAACCUGGCUUUUGAAGAUGUCGCCGAAAAUGAGACGGAGGUGACAAAGUUUCCCUCGGCUGCGAAUUUUAAGCGUUCUGUCCUGCUCUCUGUGGAUGAGUGUGAAGAGCUUGGUUCUGACGAGGGAGAUGCUGAAACACCUGCCCGUUCCAUGGAUUCUCUUACCCCCUCUGAUGUAUUUGACAGCGGUGUCCAUGAAGGUGAUUGUCACCCUCAAGGGAGAACCUACUAUUCCCGGUACUCCCUGGAAAUUGAGGAUGACCUCUUGAACUAUGACUUUCCAAAGCAGCCUAAAAGACAGUGUAAAGCUCCCGGUCCCUCACCACUUGCUGAUGGCGUCAGUAUGAAGGCUAAUAAUUUAACUUUGCAAGUUGCUUCAACAGAAUCGGAGCAAGAAGUGGAUACUACACCAGCUGCUCCCCAUCAUGAUGCUGCCGAGGGAAGGAAUAAACUUGCAGAAAAGGACAUGAUGGGAGUAAGUGCACCUGAACGACAGCAGGAGGACAAUGUCUUACCUGUGAAAGAUAAUAUCCAGCCAGCCGCUGGGGAUGGCAGUGGUGAUGCGGGUGGUGGCAGUGAUGGUCGACCUCAGGAAAGACCCUGUCAUUUGCAGCUCUGCCAAAAAGAGCAAUCUUCCACUGAGCACAGCGAGGGCUUUGCAACAGACACCAUUGAUCAUGUAGCAAACACGGGAAAAGGGAAUGUGCAAGGGGGGCACUCAACAUCCAGUGAACAAGCUAGUAAUACUUUACCAACAGGAGACUUAGCUGAUUCUGACCGAUCACAAAACUACACACAUGAUCGUCGCCCUUCAAAAACCCUUUCACCCAUAUACGAGAUGGAAAUAAUAGAAGACCUGGAACAGAGCUCGGAACUUGAAGUGAAUUAUUUGCAACAGAAAGAAAAUGAACACUUUGCAGAAAGAGACUGGAUAUUACUCAAGCAACUGAUUGGAGAUCAGGACCCAAAUUAUGAUGUUGUCAACUGUCUGCCUGAAGAUGCCAACCUAGCUCAGUAUCUUAUCAACCAAACACUUUUUCUUUCUCGAGAUACUUCUCAAAUGCCAGGUAAACUUGCAGUUGAAAAAGAGGCGCUGUAUAGAUGGACUGAAUUGCUAUCUCCUUUGGAAGACUCUACAGCUAACAUUACAGUGGCUAGUUUCUCCCCAGAAGAAUCUGUGACCCCACAGGGAGAAUGGACAAUUGUAGAACUGGAAACUCAUCACUAGCAGAUACGGGGAGGUGUAAGUAUGAACUGGAUUAUUUUUGUUGCCGCGUCAUCCUCCAACUUAACCAGGUAUUAUCACCUGGGUCACUGCAGAAUGCAGCAGUGAAAUGAUACACUUGCAAUGUAAAGUAAAAAGUUACCAUUAAAUAAAUCUUUUUGUAAAUUUAUUUUGUUUAAUAGGAUAAUCACUCGUUUUAAAUAUCUAGAAAUGUGGUGGUCAAGGUUUCCAAUUAGAAAACUCUUGUAAAUUAUUGAUUUAUGUCUAAAAACUAAAGGGUAAGCAUUCACAUUGUCGUAAUGUCAAAUGUUAGUAAACUAAAUUCAUUUUCAUUUUUGAAAGUAUUAAACGACUUACUAGAACUUUCUUUAAAAGCUCAAAUUAGGUUGCAUUUCUAAUCGACCGUGUAUUUAUUGUGCAAGAUCUAGUUCUGGAAUCCAAAGCACCCAUGGUCUUUGCAAUGAUAUUUUUGAACCUUGAAUUUUUUAAAUAUAGAUAUUGAUGUUCAUGGACCCAAGAUCUAAACAAGUUUCCUUACUUUUGUUAUAAAACAAAUUGCAAACUAAAUCUUUGAGAUUUGUGGAUUUUUUCCUGUACAUGUUGAUAAUUUAAAUGGUGACCUGAUUGACAUACAAUAAACUCAAAUCCAUGAAGCAUUUCCCAGAACAAUUUCACUCAUCACUAUUUUGACUUGUGGAAAAAUAGGCUUUUCUUUACCGACUUAUUUUUGAUGUUUGUAAAUUGAACUACCCGUGAUUAUCCUUUAAUGUGGUCAAGACAUUAAUGGAGACCUCGUCUGAAGAAAUGGAAUGGAAUUUAAGGGAAUUGGCCUUUUGGCUGAGCUUCAACUUAAGUUUAAUAUCGUCCUACCUGAGGCUGGGCUAAGUGCACACUAAUUAAGUUUGAAACUCUAAAAGAAAAAUACUGCAAAUGCCAUAAAACUGAAAUGAAAACAAUAUUGGUAACACUUGGGUCAGGCUGUAGUGUUUCUGAUCAAUGACCUUUCAUCAGAACUCGAGAACUUCAUUUCAAAAUCUCAUGCCUCCGUUUAGAACAGGAACUGGCAAAAAUAGUCAAAAUACACUGUGUAGGCAGGAAAAUUGGGUAUGUUCAAAUCGGUCAGUGAUCAGACCAACACAAGCGAGACUUGCUAACAUAAGUACCUGACCAGGAAAUGGUUGAUGUUCAUAUGUGCAGUAUUACUCUGAAAUAAAUUUUCCCGUUUCUUUCCUCAAAUCAUACCUAAUUUUGGAAAAUAUUUUCUCAAAUGUUUUACAAUCCUGUUCUGGUUGUGAUUUCCAGCUAAAGUGGAAAAACACAAUAAAGCAAAAUUUAUGAACAUUAAAAGUGGUCUUGGACAUUUAUUUCAAGUUCAGUAUCUUAAUUUUACAAGGAAGAAAAGUCCCAACUUGUCAUUUUUUAAAACAUGAAUAUUUAGCACCUAAUAGCAAAAGGUUAUUUUGAAAUACAUAUUUUAAUCAUGCAGUGUGGAAGUAGUGCUUGUCAUUUCAAGAUUCCUUAACCAAUAAAAUAUGUUGACUACAUAUCUGAGUAUUUUUACAUUUUUCAAUGAUAUAAUCAUUAAAUGACACAUUCUUAACCUUAAUUGCAAAAUCUGCAUCAGAUGCAAUAUUGUACAGUGACCGGAGUCUGUCUCUCUGAAAGAUGAAAAAGAUUGAGAAAUGAGAUGCUUUUACGCCAGCAGAUAGCUUCAGCAUUACAUGGUGAAUUUUUAAAUUUCUUUGAAUGCAUAGGAUAUUUUCAGAAUUGAUUACCAUUUAAUCAGAUGCUAUGGCCUAAAUUAA